ACUCGUCUCUUGAUCCUCGUCCCGUUUCUACCAUGGGCCUUCUCGCCUCGUACUACAGUUACGGCCUUCCGACUUUUCUCGUAAUAUGCAUCGCUCUCUACCUCCUCUUUACUGGCUCCGGUGAAGCAUUCAAUGUUGGCCGCUUCCUCGAAGAGACGAGUCCGUACGCGUGGGCUGGCACGGGUGUCGGACUUUGUAUUGGCUUCAGUGUUCUCGGUGCUGGAUGGGGCAUCUUCGUGACCGGUGCAUCCAUUCUAGGUGGUGGUGUGCGCGCACCGCGCAUUGCGACCAAGAAUCUCUUGAGCAUCAUCUUUUGCGAAGUUGUAGCCAUCUACGGAGUCGUCAUCGGGAUUUUCUACUCUGCUAAAAUCUUGCCCGUGUCCGAAGAUCUCCUAUAUACUCGAGAGAAUUACUUCACCGGUACAUCAAUCGCUCCAGUCCGGCACGCUGGCUGAACUUCAUCACUCUCAGGAUAUGCUAUCUUUUGGGGUGG